AUGGCUGAUCCCUUUGCAAACCUGUUCACCAGUUUCAAGGGUGGCAAGAACGAAGCUCAGAAAAACAGUAAACCUCGAGAAAGCGAUGUGCCGAGGUCUCCAACACCGACUACGCCAGGCAGAGAACAGGGCUCAAAGCAAAGCUGUGAUAUAGACCUCCUCUUCUCUCCUGGUCAAGGUGAUGAAUUGGUAAAAAAUGAUCAUUCAGGAAGCAGUGUGAAGAGACCCUCGGGGCCUACCGUGUCCCGCACAGGAUUGGACCCAAACAUCGGAGUCAAUAUGGAUAUGUUUUCACCAACCCCACCGCCACAGGAAGCUACCAAAGACCCUAGAGAUGAUUUUGAUGAUGUAUUUGAGACCUUCAACUCAACGCCGCUGCAAAGCGUGCCAGAAACGGCAGCUUCAACUCCCAAAGAUGAUAAUGUAGGAAAUGUGCUCAUCGAUGAAGUAAAGGAUAUGGAGAUUGCUAAACUCAUGUCACUGGGCUUGGAUGUAGAAAACGCCAGCCAGUAUUACGAUCGUGGCUUUCUUUAUGAGCAUGUGUUGGAGAAAGACAGACAACCAAUUAGCAGAAAACUGAGUUCUAAAGAGAAGCCUUCAGAUGAACCAGACCUGUUUUCAAUGGCCUCAAGUUGGAUUGGCAAGGGACGAACUUUUUUGGACUCCACUUUCAAGCAGAAAGCGCCCGGUCUCGAAACAGGAUUUUUGACUGAGUAUGUUAGUACCCGCUCUGGCUCCCCAAACACCACCUCAUCACAAAGGUUGGGGCCACAGAAUCAUAAUGAUUUGGUCGACGCACAAAGGUCAGCUAAUCAAAAUAAGUUCGCGUUUGACGAACACGAUUCAAUCGUGUCCAGACCAGCAUCGGCACCUGGCAUGCCUGCCACUAAAACGGCCGCCACACUUGGUCAUGCUGCUUCUGAGCCCAACUCGCCGCCGCAUUUUGGAUCUCAUGGGGAACCACAAGAGGUUUUGUUAGACUUUGAUGCACCCAUGCCGUCUCAUACGCUCCAAAAGGCAACGACAAUUAAACUAUCACAGAUCGAACGUCACGGGUUUGAAGAAUACAAGGCUAAAGCGUCUGAAAGCUUCACCGCUGGUGAUUACCCCACUGCAUACCAAAACUAUGAAAAAUCACUCAACAAUUUACAACAAAACCAUCCUUGGAGAAUAGUUUCUUAUUCUAAUAUGAUAGUCUGUCAAUUGAAAUUGGGAGAUUAUCGCCAAGUUCUCAAGAAUGCCUCUUCAGCCCUCGACCUGAUUCCACCAAAUAUUGAUGAAAAUAUUCCAGAUCUGAGCCCGCCCAAGACAUUUAAAACUAUAUGGUCGAAGAUAGUCUGCAACAAAGCAGAGGCGCUGGAAAGGUUAGAAGACUACGCUAAUGCCCUGCUGACUUAUCAGCAGCUUAUCGAGAAAGGAAUCGUUUCAUCGAAAAUCUUAGAUGCCAGGCGGCGAUGCCAAAAAAUAGUAGAGCCCGAAAAAUUUACCGUAGCCAAGAAAUCCAAGAGGCCUCCGACACCAAGUCAGCCACCGGUUUCAGGGCAGUCUGAUUUGGAAACGAAAAGGGCGCGGGCCUUACAGAACCAAAACAGACAGGCUCGUGAGGAGGAUGAAAAACGCUUCAUUUUUAAGGAUGAUGUUGAACGCAAAAUAUCCCAGUGGUGUAAUGGUAAUCAAAGUAACCUAAGAGAAUUACUAGCUCGUCUUCAUCUCAUCCUCGAUUGGUGUGGAUGGAAGGAAGUGGCGCCAACGGCACUAGUGAUGCCGAAGAAGGUUAAAGUUUAUUACUUGAAGGCCGCAGCUAAAACACAUCCUGAUAAAGUACAGGAGUCAUGGCCUUUAGAAAGAAAGAUGAUCGCCGAAAACGUCUUUGUCAUACUUAGCAAAGCCUGGGAAAGCUUCAAGGAGGAAAAUGACAUGACCUGA